CUUAAAUAGGCCGAGCCGAGCGCAUGGAUCUGGCCGAGCGGCAGUAUCCAUGGAUCUAUUGAAAGGUGAUGCCUCACAUCUUUUACCCCGAUAGGCAUGGCUGAUGAGAUGCAGCAGGUUAAAGACUUGGUGAUAAAGCUACGAGCCAGUAAUGAAGGUUUAAGAAGGGAGCAAGCUGCCGGAGAGGACUGUGAGGAUUCUUCGCAAAGUGCUGAAGCUGUCCAGCUCUCCUCUCUGAGUCCUGGUCUGACUCCACACAUUAAAGAAGAACAUAACAUCAAACAAGAGGAAGAUGAGCUGCAAGUGUCUAUCCCAGAGUUUACUGCGGUGAGUGUGAAGACAGAGGAGUCCUUACCGCUACAACAAAGACAAACUGAGCAGAGAGAGGACACACAGGAAGAAGACAUUAAAGCAGAGAUACACGUCCACUUUGAGGACAGAACAGAGACACAUGUCCACUCAGAGAGUGAGGAAGACACAGAGCACUCUUCUGACAGUGAUGAAGACUGGAGAGCUCCACUCAACUGUUCACCUGCACACAUGGACACAGGGGCUGAUGGAGACCACCACAACCAAGUCCAGCUCGGUGCCAGAAGCACCACUGCGCAAAACUCAUGUCUGUCCCCCAAAUACAAGUUGACACCAGAAAUCAGAGCCAUUGUGAACAAUGGAGACAAGUCAAGAACUGGCAAAGGAGCUGAGAGCUGGACACACAAGUGCCCUGUUUGUAAAGAGAGUUUUGGGUCUAUAUAUAAACUAGACAUACACAGGAGAGUUCACACAGGAGGGGAGCCAUUCAGCUGUUCAGUUUGUAAGAAAACAUUUGCCCGAAAGGGUCAUCUUGAAAACCAUAUGAAGACGCACACAGGGGAGAAACCAUUCAGCUGUUCAGUUUGUAAAAAAAUGUUUGGUUUAAAAGACAAUCUCAAAACACAUAUGAGGACACACACAGGGGAGAAACCAUUCAGCUGUUCAGUUUGUAAGAAAACAUUUGCCCGAAAUGAUCGUCUUGAAGACCAUAUGAAGACGCACACAGGAGAGAAACCAUUCAGCUGUUCUGUUUGUAAGAAAGUGUUUGCUUUCAGAACUAAUAUCAAAAGACAUAUGAAGAUACACACAGGGGAGAAACCAUUCAGCUGUUCAGUCUGUAAGCACACGUUUGCUUUAAAAGACAAUCUCAAAAUACAUAUGAGGACACACGCAGAGGAGAAACCAUUCAGCUGUUCAGUUUGUAAGAAAACAUUUGCCCGAAAGGGUCAGCUUGAAGACCAUAUGAGGAGACACACAGGGAAGAAACCAUUCAGCUGCCCAGACUGUGAGAAAGUGUUUGCUACAAAACGUACUCUCAAAAAACAUAUGAAGACACACCAGAGACUGCAUAUAUAAAGGGACAUAGCUAAAGUGCCAAAUAGGAAGUUCACAUGUGGGCUCCUCUGGCUCCUAUUGGUUUUCAUUGUAAUCUUGGGGUCCCUCUCUAUGUAAAUGCUGCUGUAAGCCAUUUUAGUCUUAAAUUGUCUGUAGACCCGCUCUACAUGACUCUGGUGUUUUUCCCGCUAUUUUGCUUGUUAACAAAAUCUUAUUCAUAAUAUAGGGCCUGGCUUCAAAUUCGCCCCUGGGUCAUUCCAUGCCAAAUCUCCGAAUGACCCUGCCCGACUAUCUCAGAUUUGAUUGAAAAAAUUCUAGGAGGUUCACACACUUUCCAAUGGGAAAAGUUCCAAAUUUUACCUGCUAACUCCUUUAUAGUUUUGUCAUUAAAAAAUAUUUUGUCAACUCUGCCCUGACCUGUUUUGAGCAGAGUUGUCCAAGGAGCCACUUUCAGAUUGUUGUAUCUAAAAAACUAUUUAAGGUCGGUCAAAUGUGCCUUGUAGAAUAUGGACUUUUACACAUGUACUUUUGAUUUGUCAGAUUUCUGGGGGCUUGAAUUUGCUUGUAAAUUUUACUCUUUCAAAUUUGAGGGCAUCUUUGAAGGACUGUGGAAAGAGCAAUUUCAAAGACAGAUGUUUGAUAUGAACAUAAACCUUCCCACA